UUCUCGGACCGCUACUUUGGUCUCGGCGACAGAAGCGGCAGCAGAAUUAACAGCAGCAUUAACAGCAGCAGCGGCGGCAGCAUGGCGGCCUGAUAUCACCCCCCUCCCUGCAGCAUGACCGGGGACCCCCCCUCCAGGAGCCCCGGGGACAGGGCCCCCCUCCCCGGCCACAGGACCCCCGGGCCCCGGGCCGCCCUCCCCGGCCCCGGCCCCCGGGCCCCCGGCCCCGGCCUCCCCCCCAGCAGCUUCGGCCUCCUGCAGCGGACCUGCCGGCUGCUCGUCCUGCUCUGCUCGCUCCACAUCUCCGUCACCGUCUUCCUCUACGUCCGCUCCUCCCUGGACCUGCGCUUCUCCCUGCCCCAGAGCCAGCAGCCCCGGGCCCGGGGAGGGGGCAGGCCGGGCCCGGGGACCGGGGGGAUCACCGGGGGGACCGGAGGGACUAACGGGACCAACGGGACCGCGGACCGGGGCCCCCGGGGGCCCCUGAAGAAGUGCCCGGAAACCUCCCCGCUGCUGGUGGGGCCCCUGCGGGUGGAGUUCGGCGACCCGGUGAGCCUGGACCGGGUCCGGCAGGAGAACCCGCGGGUCCGGCGGGGCGGCCGGUACCGGCCCGCCGACUGCGCGGCGCAGCAGAAGGUGGCGCUGAUCAUCCCGUUCCGGCGGCGCGAAGAGCACCUGAAGUUCUGGCUGUUCUACCUGCACCCGGUCCUGCAGAGGCAGCAGCUGGACUACGGGGUCUACGUGGUCAACCAGGACGGGGACCAGGUCUUUAACCGGGCCAAGCUGCUGAAUGUGGGCGUGGUGGAGGCCCUGAAGGACGACGACUACGACUGCUUUGUGUUCAGCGACGUGGACCUGAUUCCCCUGGACGACCGGAACCAGUACCGCUGCUUCAGCCAGCCCCGCCACCUGUCGGUGGCCAUGGACAAGUUCGGCUUCAGGUUACCCUACAACCAGUACUUUGGGGGCGUGUCGUCGCUGAGCAGAGAACAGUUCCAGAAGAUCAACGGCUUCCCCAACAACUACUGGGGCUGGGGGGGCGAGGACGACGACAUCUACAACCGGAUCGUGUUCCGGGGAAUGUCCGUGUCCAGGCCCAGCGGGGAAAUCGGCCGGUGCCGGAUGAUCCGACACAACCGGGACAAGCAGAACGAGCCCAACCCUCAGAGGUUCAACCGGAUUGCUCACACCAGGGAGACCAUGAACUCUGACGGCAUCAGCUCCCUGAGCUACAAGCUGGUGAAGCUGGAGAAGCUGGACCUUUACACGCUGAUCACCGUGGACGUGGGCCGGCCCUGAGGACCGGUCCUGGACCUGGACCUGGACCUGGACCAGGAC